UGAUGCAAUCACUCAUGUACAGGUUUCCUCCACCGCAGAAUGACGUGGCGUUAUGAAUGAAACUAUUAGACCAAGCUGGCGCUGAAGUUAGAAUCUAUGCAGCGUAUCUGUUACGGAUAGCAUUGACUCGAGAGCAAGCGUCGAAGACGGGUGUAGAAGAACAACGGUAAAAAGGCGGUCAGCAGAAAUCGGACAAGGAAGUAACAAUGGAUCCCAGUGUGCAGAAACGAGUACCGGAGAUGAGCGGCGUGGUGACGGACAACCCGACAAGCUACCUGAAGACGCUUCUUGGCGACUACAGCGCGUGGAACAAGGAAAUACUCUUCCCCGACUUGGAUCAGGAAUAUGGAGAGGUUCAAGGAAGUCCCCUUGACGUGUCCGGUGCUUCCAUGGUUGACAACCAAUCAGAAAUCGAAAAGACAGGUCACGUGAUGCAUCCCAUCGAAUCAGAGAGCAAUCCAGACAUACAUAUUGGUGUGAAACAGAUUCAUUCAGUUACACCUACGAAGGCCACUGAACCAGACAGAACUAUCACCAUGGACCAAGCCUACAUCACCCAGCCUGAAACACUGACUCAGUGCGGAACGGUGGCAAACUACCAAGAGGACAAGGCCACUGAUGCUGACCUGGGUGGCAUACCUUACACAGAGUUCCUCCCUUUGUUCUCGGAAGCAAUGGGGUCACCGGACAGCAACCAAACACAGACUCAGAGGAUAAUUAUUGAAAACCCGGAACAGCUACAAACAUCGUCGCAGAUUUCAUUUACAAAUGGCGUUAAAGACGCCCAACCUGCUGCUGACUCCCCUAUAUACGAAGCUGUUCCGUUGCAACCUGAUCUUUCACAUGAUGACUUGAACCAGUUGCUGCAGUUGAUCUUUCAAUUUGAACCCGCUUACCAACCGACGCCUACUUCUGGAACGGGCACGUAUGUUAGUGUCCCAUCUGUUCCUGAUGGCACCAUAGCGCAUACCCUCUCGCCCCUGUCCGGAUCUCCAACUGCAGACUCAAUGAUGGAGUCCGGAUCCUCCAUCCCGGGAUCAACGACGGAUCCGUCUAUGAACAACACCAGGGCUGAAUGGUCUAUGGCUGAGUCGGGAUCCGCCAUCAUGGGAACACCGAUGGAUCCUUUGACCUCCAAUUCAAGUGCCGCACAUUUGGAAAUCGUGGACUUUCUGUCUGCACCCUCGCAGAAUUCUGCAGGCACCAGCCUCAUUUCCACGCAGACAAUGAUCGAUGUAACUAUGGACCUGGCAGAUCGAGGCGUCCCAUACCAACAGCACACAGCCUCGUCGUCAUUCAUCGGAGAUAUCCCGUCGCCGGAACCGGAAACGAACAGCGCCACAGCCACUGCCGCACACGAUGUAUAUACAUCUGUCUCAGUUAAAGAGGGACUGAAGUCGAAGAUUCAGCUCAAGAGGCUCCAGAGAGGAGAGAAGGAACUGAGGGUUUCCUUCCUCAACAAACCAGCUGGAAAGCUGACCGAAGAAGAAAAACAGAAGAUUGUUCUCAGAAAGCAAAAGAACAAGGAUUCCGCCAACAGGAGCCGAUUACACCGCCAGGAGAAGAUGAAGCGGCUGAUCCAGGAGAACGCCGAGGCUGAGAAAGAGGUCGAGAAACUGAGGUCAGAGGUCGAGAAGAGCACAAAGGUCAGGGACGUGUUGCAACACUGGUGGGACAGACGCAUUUGUCACUUGGCAACGGGCUUCCGGAAACCCCCGAACCAGAUGGGAAUCAAUGACUUGCUGGACGCUUUAGAGAAAUACUUGGCUUCGGAAGCCAAGGUCUGAAUUCGCAAAUAUAAUUCUGGAAAUGACAUGUCUGCGCAAACCCAAUGCACAUACGUUCAAAUACGCAUGCCCGGAAAGACACGCAACAAACUUGCAUGUCACAUGGGGCCGGUGUGAUGCCCACGCAUGAAAUGGUGGCAAGUCUUUGAUACGUCAGUGAGCAUAACGAUAACACGAGUUGUCAAUACCAUAUGUACAGCUCAAAAGAGGUACAGGACCACCCAAUUCUUUCAUAUCACUAAAGUUAAUCUGUCAUGGCAUUUUAUGGUAUGUCAUAUGAACUAUAUAGUAAUAUGAAAAAAUCAUGUGGCCCUUCACUUCAUUUGAGUAGUUUAAAAAUGUCGUACAUCCGUUGUAGAAGAACAACUCUAUUGUUAAGAAAAUCUGUUACAUAAAAUGAGUGAUCGAUACGUCGGAUGACACUGUUUUACAUACCUCUUAUGCAAGUCUUUAAUAUAUAGCAUUAAAUACAAUAAACUAAUUCGAAA